AUGUCCUCUGUCUAUAACAUGAACGGCCUCGAGUUGGUACAGUCAAACCAAGGGCAUCCCCCAGCUAAGGACUACAUCAACAACCUUCCGGAGGAACUGCUCGAGAUCUUCGCGUUUGGUGCACUCAGCACUCGCGAUACUGCCUUUUCCUUUCGAGUAUCGACUACAUGUAGGCUAUGGCGCUUCUUUGCCGUUAACGAAGCGCAUCUCUGGACUUCCCUCACCAUCACUGGUCAUGCCGCACGUUUUAUCCCAGAGCCAAGUCGGGAUGACCCUCUAGAGACUGCUCAGACAGUCUUUCCUCGAGAAGACCUUAUCCUCGAGCCCUCGGCCGAUUCGGACAUCGACCUCGAAAUCCUCCUCGAUUCUCAACCCCCAAGAUUUAUCCCAGGCGAACUCUGGGUCCCUUACAGUCUCACCGACGACCAUUUUCUACGCCUCUCUUGUCUCCUCACCUCUCACGCUCAUCAUAUCCGAUCGUUCUUCGCGACCGUACGAAGCUGCUUCCUCCUUACUUAUCUCUGCUAUGAAUUACGUUGGACCGUCAUGCCACGUCUGAAGAAAUGGGAGCUGUCCUGCUCAAGAGAUGUUGCGUACAAAGAGUGCUUUGAUAACGAGAUAUGCAAGAUAGCACCGGUUCAACUGUGUCUAGCCUACCAACCACAGGACAAGCGACCCUCGAUGGAGACUUUGCGCGACAUCCUUUCCAACAACAUGCACACCCUAGAAAGUCUCGAACUCGCCUGCGUCGUCGACCUUGAUUCGCCUCCGACCGCGUUCCGCCUGGACUUGCCCCAUAUUCGAAGCUUGGCGCUCGGAUACAUAUCCCCUCAAGAGGUCCAACUCGUUCUGCAAGCCUUUGCAUUUCCCGCUAUCUGCAAGCUAACUAUCCAGCCUCACGGAGAAUCAAAAGGGACGGUUUACGUCUUUUACAACCUAAUGAAAUACCUUCCGCUGAACCAGCUACAAGCUUAA